CGCGUACUUUAUGGAGGAAGCUACAGAAUGUAGCGUGAACUCGUUUUUUAUCUUCAACCUUUGCAAACUUUUUGACUGAGCACUGAGCAUGGAAUAUUAAUAAAGCCGUUUGAAUGAAGCCAUGGCAUUUCCGCUGCCCAAACCUCAGGCUCCUCAGCUUCCCCAGCAUCUGCUGAGGACUAUCGACUGUCAGCAGGGAGCCGUCAGAGCCGUGCGCUUCAACGUUGAUGGAAACUACCUGCUGUCCUGUGGCAGUGACAAAUCUCUGAAGCUGUGGAGCGUGAGCAGAGGGAUCCUGCUGAAGACGUACAGUGGUCACGGGUACGAAGUCCUGGAUGCAGACAGCUCCUGUGACAACAGCCAUAUCUGCUCCUGCAGCUCUGAUAAGACGGUGAUCCUUUGGGAUGUGGCCACAGGGCAGGUCACACGCAAACUCAGAGGUCACGCCGGGAAAGUAAACUGUGUCCAGUUCAAUGAGGAGGCAACUGUCAUCCUGUCCGGGUCUAUAGAUGGGACGGUACGUUGCUGGGACAUCAGGUCUCGGAGAUUUGAGCCCAUCCAGAUUCUGGAUGAGGCUCGUGACAGCGUCAGCAGCCUGAAGGUGGCACAACACGAGCUGCUUACAGGCUCGGUGGAUGGCAGAGUGCGACGCUACGACCUCAGAAUGGGACAGCUGCACGUGGACUUCAUCAACAGUCCCAUCACCUGCGUGUGUUUCAGUCAGGACAGCCAGUGCACCCUGAGCUCCAGCCUGGACUCCACUGUCAGACUGCUGGACAAAAGCACCGGAGAAAUGCUGGGAGAGUAUUCAGGGCACAAGAUGAAAGGCUAUAAGUUGGACUGCUGCCUGUCCAGUAAAGACACACAUGUGCUGUGCUGCUCAGAGGACGGACAUGUUUACUGCUGGGACCUGGUGGAGGGCUCUUUGUCUCUGAAGCUGCCGGUGGGGAAGGCUGUCGUCCAGUCACUGUCCUUCCACCCCACGGACACCUGCCUCCUCACCUCCAUGGAGGGGCGUGUUCACGUCUGGGGGCUGGAGCCAGAGGAGGAUGCGAUGGCUACGGAGGAAGGGUGAAUGUCACCAAAAACGACAUGUCUCUAGUAAGAUGGUAGCUGAUGGGCUUGUAAAAUAAGUGUAUAAAUAUCUAAAUGUGUUUUGUUACGCAAGAACUCUGUGGCCCACCCAAACUUUAAAUCACAAAUUUGAUCCACACAUGAGACGAAAAUGAAGUAUUUCAAAAUGUACAUCAUGUUAAAUUUGAAGGAUAACGCACAGUUUAAAUCCCAUGGUUUUGUUUUUUUUAUUUCUGAUUACAUUUUGAAUGUAAUCAGAAAUAUUAGGGGUUAGUUUUAAACUUUACUUAGUUUUAUUUUAGUGACUUCUCACACCCCACCGGCAGUACCUUCACAGCCCACAAGGGGGAUGUGGGCUACAUUUUUUGGGAAUCUGAACCCCAAGUGCUAAAAAUACCAACUGACAAAAAAAUUUAUGUUUGACAAAAUUUACUUUAAAGCUCUGGAUGAUGUGUGAGGGAAAAAAAAACUCUUCCUGUUGCAGAUUUUUGUAUUUGUGUCAAUAUUUUUUAUAAACAUUUUCUCAUAUGAAAUGUGUUUUUCUGCGUACAUCACUGCAUAGACACGAUUACUUACAAGUUUGUUUUUAUUUGAAACUGUACAUACAAUAGACAUAUUACAAAAUAAGUUAAUCAGCCAGACAAAAAAAAAAACAAUGGCAUGAAAUAAAUAAAUAACUUAUAAAUACAUUUUUUCAAAC